GUAGUAAGCCGGCAAAUGGACAUGGCAUGGCUACGCCCUUGCGUAACGUAACGUGACAUAAAGUAACAAGUUACAUAUGACAAGUGUAAUCCGGUUAUCCAAAGUUCGAUUGAACACUUGUCUAUAAUAGAAAUAAGGUAACCUAGGGCAAUCUUUAUGGUUUGCAACAAACUCCAAAGUUGCAUUGAACGCUGGAUGCUUUAGAAUAAUAUAAAUUGUUCCGUCUGUUUUGAUUCGGACGAUGCGAUUAACCUUAAAUCACUGGAUAUGACUUGUUGAAAAUUUUGAAAUCCUUCAUAAGUAUGGAACAGAGCGACGAGGAAUGGUCAGUCGAAUGCUCUGACGAUGAAAAAUAUGAGGCCACUGCAGCGAAUGAAUGGACUCUGCAGCCAGAAAGUAUAAUGACAUUGAUUGAAGGAUUGGAGGCAAACCAUCACGUUCUUGAACUAGAAUGGAAAUGUCCAGGAAGACGAGGUCCUUCACCAGUACCCACCAAUAAUCGCCAACAAGAUCACACCUCACAGGAUUAUAAAACUGAAGAGAAAUCUGAUUUUGACUUUAUGGAUGAAAUGUCGUCUCCGCGGAUGCCAGUUCGGCGAGUUGGCGAAAGCACUCCGAAAGGUAGUGCCAAGAAAAAGACUGCAAGUUUCAAUGGGGUGUUAUCAACAAUGCUGCGACACCGUCGCUUAGAGCAACAAGAAAUUAACUCUAGCCCGAAAAAGUCAGAAGCAAACUCUCCGCACCCCAAGCCGCAGACAACUCAAUAAGACUUUAUUUCUUAAGUUGGAAUUAUGAAAAUUUACCUACUUUAUUUGUAGGAACAGUUUGUCGGUUUUGCGGGGUUUGACGAUCGGACUCUUCUGGACUAGUAACUUUGCACUCUUUGGUGAUUGAAUUUCAUAUCACCAUUUUUUAAUAACCAGAUAUUCAUUUGUACGAAGAAUCGUUUCAACAAUAACGAAAACAAGGCAAGGUUUUUGGUUGUUGACAGCACACGCCAAAAUCGUUCUUAUACGCGGACGCAUUUUAUAUGCAUAACUAAGAAAAAUACCCUGAAAUACUGUAGCAGAAUUCAAGGUCUGCUCAUACUGGAACAAUAUAAUACCGAUUAGAAACCAUAUCAUGGAGGCAGAAGGUGUGAAUAUAGUAACAUUGCCUAUAACUUAUAAGUUUAUUAUUUUAGACUUGGGAUAAUUAUUUGCAAAUA